ACAUUUUGAUGAUUAGCUCAACAAUGUACCAAUUUUGCAAAGGUAAGAAAUUUUUUAUUUUGACAAAUGAAUUGAUGUUGUGUGAGAUUGGAUUCAGAAUCACGCAAUUAUAAGAUGGUUAAGUUUCCUCCUCAUCCCCACAACCAAGAAAAUCCCAUUAUCUUCAACUAAGAAUUGAAGAACAGCUUCACCAGUCAAGGUUAGUAUGACAACCCCCAUUCCUGUGACAUCCAUGUCAGACACAACAGAUUCAUCCCUGGCUGCUGUACAAAUGACUGCAGAAGAGCAAGUGCAACAGAUUGAACUACUAACAUCAACAGAUGAUGAUCAUGGGGGUGUUAUCGUGGAAAUGGAUGAGCGGGAGCCUAUGGAUUCUACGACCUUUUUGUCCAUUCUCAGAGCUUCAAUUUCACACUGGAAACAGCUGGGCAAGAAGGGUGUUUGGAUUAAAUUACCUAUUCACCUUGCUAGCCUUGUUGAAGCUUUAGUUAAGGAAGGUUUUUGGUAUCACCAUGCAGAACCAAAAUAUUUGAUGCUUGUAUAUUGGAUUCCAGGCGGUGCAAAUACUAUUCCAGCGAACGCCACACACCGAGUGGGUGUUGGUGCACUUGUUGUGAAUGAGAAACAAGAGGUUCUAGUGGUCCAAGAAAAAAGUGGACAUUUUCAGGGAACUGGGGCCUGGAAAUUCCCUACUGGAGUUGUUGAUCAGGGAGAAGAUAUUUGUGUAGCAGCAGUGAGAGAGGUCAAAGAAGAAACAGGAGUAAGUAAUCUCUUUGCAGUUGGGCUAGACAUGAAAUUUUCUGUUGAUCAAAAGGAGUUUUCCAUUGUUGUUCGAAGCCUAACUAUACCAAGUCCUCUCAAUUUUCAGGUUGACUCAGAAUUUGUGGAAGUAUUAGCAUUCAGACAAAGUCACAUGUCGUUCUUUGAGAAAUCAGAUCUUUUCUUUGUGUGCUUGUUGCGUCCUCUUACUUCUGACAUCCAAAUACAAGAGAUAGAGAUUGAGGCUGCAAAGUGGAUGUCAUUCGAUGAAUAUGCAGCUCAACCAUGUAUGGAAAAGUAUGAGCUUAUGAAGUACAUCAGUGAUAUAUACUUGGCAAAAGUAGAUGGAAGAUACUCUGGAUUUACUCCUGUAUCUACAGCAUCAAUCUUCUCUAAGCACACGAGCAGCAGCUAUCUUUACUUGAAUGCUGGAGGCCCGACGAGGAGUAAUUCUUUAUAAGAAUCAGUGAAGGUUUACACAGUUAGAAAGAAUUCAAACUAGGCAACUUAGUAGUAUUAUUUGAUUCAUUAUGUGAACAAUCUCAUAGUGUUACAGUGAGAUGGUUCAUAUUUGAAUUUCAAACCAAUUUGAAUUCAAAUCAUCAUAAUGUCACUGUCUAUUUCCAACUCCUGUGUACAUGUUUACACCUGCACUUAGGCAGAUCUAGAGUAUGAGGGUACUAGGUAAAGAAUUGUUGGGUGGAGCAUAGCAGUCUUAUGCUUGAGGGGCAUUUUUCCUCACAGGCGCUGCUUCAUAUUUAAGUAUUUAACUCUUAGGCUAGUAGUGUCAUAUUGACAUUAUGGUAUAUAAAGUUUUUCUUAAGCUGCACA